AUGUCUAAUAGUUCUUGCAAAGUUGAUGUUCUCACAUUUUUUAAAAAAGAGAACAGACCUUUUAGUGUGGUUGAUGUGUGUAAUGUGUUAAAGAGUUAUGGGAAGACGGGUAUUUCCAAAGCUCUGGAUGAUCUUGUUGAAGAAGGAUCAGUCAAGGAGAAGGUUUAUGGAAAACAAAAGGUUUAUGUGUAUGACCAGACUAAGCUUCCUUCGUUCGACGAAAAUGAAAUUAAGAAGAUGGAGGCUCAAAGUGAGAAUUUAUCUAUUGAAUUAGCAGAAGAACAAAAAAAGUUGAAAAGUGUCACCGAGGAACUUAAAAAAAUCACCUCUACUCUUACAAAGGAAGAAGCAGAGAGAGAGCUCACUCAAGUAAAGGAAAAGCUCAGCAAAAUAGAAAUGGAAGUGAAAGCACUUAAAGCUAAGGGACCACAGAUUACUGAAGCUGACUUGAAAUCGGUCUCUGAAGGUCACACGAAAAUGAUCAGUGAAUGGAGGAAGCGUAAACGUAUUUUUACACAAACUAGUAAAUUGAAAUUGUUAUGUAAUAGAAAUUGGUCUAACUCUUCUUUAUCUGAUUCAAUUAUCACUCAAGAUGUUGAGGAAGGAAUUUUGGUUCGAAUUCUGUGCAAUGUAAGUAGUGAUGAGAAACUCGACAGUGCUGGUCCAUUUCGAUAUGAAUGGCGUAAUCCAAAUGGUACAUUAGUUGGAACUCAAUGGAAAUUAGAAUUGGGCCAUAUCAAAGUACAUGAAUCGGGGAUAUAUGUCUGUCGUGUUUCAUAUGAAUUUGACAAAAGACAAAUGUCUACAAGUUCAGCUACCAAAAUAAAUGUUAUUCCACGCGCUGGUGUAAUAUUUCCAGGAAUUCGUGGCAACGUAUUGGAAGUUUUAGAAACAGGUGAUAUUUUACAAGAAUGUCAAGUGGUUAGUGCCAAACCAUCUCAGUAUAACUUUCAAUGGUUUGGUCCAGAUGGCCGAUUAGUAUCGAAUUCUGCAUUUCUUCAAAGAGAUUAUAUAACAAGAGAACGAGAUGAAGGUAUUUAUCGAUGUGUGGCCACUCCAAUUGAAGAAGGAAGAUUACAAGUUGAGAAUAGCUUAAUUGUAACAACAGCACCAUUACGUUUCCAGAUUACAACAUUAAAUGAAUCCUUGAAUAUUGGAGGUUUUACACAUCGUCGUAUAGUACGAACUGAUUUAUCUAAAUUAAAUCUUACUACACGUGAAACAUUUAUAUACCAAUGGUUAGACACUGAAAUGAAUCCAAUUCUCGCUUCGAUGGGACCAGAUUUACGCGUCAGGCUUCUUAGUCCUUCAGAUUUUGGACGAUAUUCAGUUCGUAUCACUGGUUUAAAUUCUGGCUAUCAAAGAGUUUUGAGCACUUACAUAACUAUGGAUGGUCGGAAUGGUGAAGUAGAACCAACUUAUUCUGUUGUAAUUCGAGAAAUUUCUGGUCCGCUUUAUUUGAACGCUCGAUUAGAACUGGAGUGUUCUCCUAGACCACCAAAUUCAGCUGCUAGAAUUAAUUGGCUUGGGCCAGAUGGAACGGUGGUUUCCGACUCUAGUAAUAUAGUAUUUGAACGAUUUCAACCUCAUCAUCAAGGUAGAUACACAUGCCAAAUCUUACUACCAAAUCAAAUUAUUUUACGUCAAAGUGUAGAAUUGGUUGUUUCCGGGACAUCAACAGAAAUUCCAGAACCUGAUAGACUUUAUACAAUACGAAUUAUUCAAUCACCCACAUAUUUCAGAUAUAAUGAUGCUGUACAUCUACAAUGCGUUGUUUCUCCUACACCUCCAUUAGUUUCUUACGAGUGGUUUAAAGAUGGGGUACUUAUAGGACGACAAGCAGAUAUUCAUAUACAAAGAUUUAGUCCAGCUGAUGUUGGUCGUUAUCAGUGUGUUGCUCGACUUGACAGUAUGGUUCUUACCUUUAACAGUACAAUAUCUAUUGACGAUGGCACGGGUGUGGAUUUAAUUAUGCGACCUAAUAUAAUCUAUAUCCCAGCAUUCCAUCCAUUUGAAAUAGAAUGUUUGUCUACACGUACCGGUUUAUCACCUAUUGCCAUAUUUGGCAAUGGUGCACCUAUUGAAUCGGAUAAUCGAUUUACAGUUUCAAAACCGGAUGAACAACGAGUGAUUAUAAAAGCUACAGAUGGAUUAUCAAGUGUCUAUAAUGGUUUACGUAUUCGUUGUAUGCUGCCAGGACUUAAUUUCAAAGAAGUUACAUUAUACAUAAUGGAUAUAUGCAGUGCCAGUGAAUCACAGUGUAGAACUCGACAAUGUAUUCAAACUUCACAAAUAUGCGAUGGAAAAGCUGAUUGUCUUGAUAAAUCCGAUGAGAGUAGCAGUUUUUGCAAUGCUAGACUAACUGUGAUUCCAACACGUAUUGUAGUCAGACCGUCAGAACCUUUUAUACUUAAAUGUCAAACUAUGGUACCAGAGACUAGGAUGCCACAUGCACGUUUCGUAUACAGUGGUAAAGAUGUUGAGUCCGAUCCUCGAUUUACUGUUGAAAGAUCGUCUCCAGGUGUUCUAUUAAUUAAAGCACCACAUGGACUUUCAGAAGAAGCUAAUGAUACAAGAAUUGAAUGUUAUUUUCCAGAUGAAAGUCCUAGAACUGCAAUUAUCAAUGUCGUUGCAGAUCGAUGUGGAUUAGGUUACUUCAUGUGUUAUGAUGGAAAUUGUAUACCACAAUCUCAGCGAUGUGAUGGACAGACUCAGUGCCCGGAUGGAUCGGAUGAAAUUAAUUGUGUUUGCCAACCACCUCGUUUUCUUUGUUCUACUGGUGAGUGUAUAACUCAAGAAAUGCGAUGUGAUGGUAUAAGACAUUGUCGAGAUGGUUCAGAUGAAAUUGAUUGUCUCAAUUUUCAAGUGAAAUUUUGUACAUUCCCUGGUGGACCGGAAGAAGAGAUAAAUGUUUUUGUUCGACGACGAUGUCCUCAUGGUGAAUACAUGUGUAAAGAUGGAACAUGUCGUCCAGAAAGUGAUUUUUGUAAUGGUCGAGUUGAUUGUCCGGAUGGUUCAGAUGAGCGACCUCCACACUGCAGAGGAAUCACACAAGUAGAAGUCAAACCAAGCGUUAUUUAUGUCAAACCGUAUGAACGUUUUGAAUUUGAGUGUAUUUCUCAUGUUCCUGGCAUAAAACCUGAGGCUCGAUUACCCAGUGGUUCGCUUGUGAGUCAAGAUCCUCGUUUUAGUGUGGAAUAUCCUUCAUCAAAUCGUCUUCGAAUAAAUGCAUUAUAUGGCUUGACAGAUAGAGAUCAUCCAUUUCACAUCUAUUGUAUAUUCCCUGGACUAGAAAAUAGAAGUGCUGUAAUAGAAAUUGAAAGACCUUGUCCAAGUGGACAAUUUCAAUGUAUGGACGGACGCUGUUUACCGUUUGAUGUAUUUUGUGAUGGCAAACCUGACUGUUCAGAUGAAUCAGAUGAAAGCGAACGAUACUGUGUUGUCAACAUCAGAGUAACACCAAGUUCAAUUCGUGUGGUCCCAUAUAAACGUUUUCAAUUUGAAUGUUCAACAUCGAUUCCGGGUGUAUCGCCUCAAGUAACUUUUGACGAACGUUCAGUAGAAAGAGACAAUCGUUUUGUUGUUAAUCGUCCAAAUCUUCAAACUAUUGUAGUGACAGCACCAACUGGUUUACCAGAUAUUGGUGCUCACAGAUUUAAGUGUAUUGUGUCUAUCAAUAUUGUUAAAGAAGUUGACGUAGAAAUCAUAGGAGAAUGUCCACCUGGGCAAGUAAAGUGUAGAUCUGGUGAAUGCUUACCCAGAGCAGUAUUUUGUGAUGGAAAAUAUGAUUGUCCUGAUAGAUCAGAUGAAGAUUCAAGAUAUUGCGCUGAAUUGACCGUCGAUGUACGAGUACACUUUACUCCUGGUGAAUUACGUAUUCAGCCUGGUCGAGCAUUUCGUUUGGAAUGUGUGACGGAUACACCAGGUGCUUCUCCAGUUCUACAAUUUCCUGAUGGAAGACCAAUCACAAGUGACCGAAGAUUUGUUGUUUCUAGACCAUCAACUGAACGUGUCGUUAUAGAAGUUCCUGGAGGCCUUGAUGCUAGAGAAGGACAGGUCAUUAUUGAAUGUCUAUCUCCUAGUGGUGAUAGAAAAACAUCAACAAUCUUCAUUGAACUUGGCUGUCAACCAGGUCAAAGACGAUGCCCCAGUGGGCAGUGUAUAUUUGUUGGCCAAUUUUGUGAUGGAAAACCUGAUUGUGAUGAUGGAUUUGAUGAGAAACCAGAAAAUUGUGUUUACUGUGACCCAAUAACUAAACCAUGUGAAGCUGUGAAUGGUAUACCGCCUAAGAAAGAAACAUAUGAACUACACUGGAGGUGUGAUGGUGAAGAUGAUUGUGGGAAUCGAUUUGAUGAACAAAAUUGUUUAAAUGAUACACGUGUACCAGAUAAAGAGUGUGGUGCUACUCAUUUCAGAUGUGGUACCGAGCCAUAUCAAUACAUACCCUUUGCAUACUGGUGUGAUGGAAGUCGUGAUUGUCGAGGUAGUGAGGAUGAAGUGGAUUGCUCCCCACCUACAAUAAUUCAAACUCAGCGUCAGGAAACUCACAGAGUUCGUCCCGGUGGUAGACUGAUUUUAGAGUGUGAGGCAUCCGGCGUUCCACCACCUAUGAUUAUUUGGCGUUUUAAUUGGAGAUGUCUUCGUGAUGAAGCAAGAAUGCGAACCCAAGCUGUGCCAAGUACGCUCGGAUGUAAAGGUUCAAAGAGUCGACUAACUAUUGAAAAUUUCAGAGAAGGUGACGAUGGAAUUUACAAUUGUGAAGCAGUGACUUCAAAAGAAAGAGCAAUGUCCCAGGAUAUAUUUGUUCUUCUGUCUCCUUAG